UGGCUGUUUGACACUGACAGAUGAUUUACACAUAAACUGACAAGCUGACAUCACAUUCAUCUUCAGCUCUCUUGACACCUACAGUGAAUGGAUGAACUGUUUCUGUUACAUCAAACUGUCUGUCUGCUCUUGCUGAAGGACUAUUGAUAUUCAGUAUUUGAUUGAUACUAGGGUAAAUGGGUGUUUAGAAGCAUUACAAGGGAAGCGUUUUGAAACUUCUGCUUUUGCUAAUAUUACCUCAUGUGAAAGACCCGUCAAGUUCAGCACAUUUAAAACAACCUAGAAGACAGGACGGAUCUUCAGGUCCUUUUUUUAACCUUGACAGGGCAAAAACAUUUUACCAGGAAAAGAGUGAAAAAACACAGUGUCAGGCAUGAUGAUAAACAACACCAGAAACCACACUGGCAUGCCAGAGGGAUUCAGAAUUUCUCUUCUGGUCUUAUACUCAUUCAUCUUGCUUGGUGGAACUCUUAAUGUUUUACUAAUGUCCUGUAUGCUACAGUCCCAAAAACGUCUCUCUUACACCAAAGUAUCUGUGAUAAACCUCAUAGCAGUGCACUCCGUUUUCCUUCUCACGGUGCCCUUUCGCAUUUACUAUUAUGCUUUUAAUGAAACCUGGAUUCUGGGCUUGACUUUCUGCAAAAUUGUCAGUCUUAUGAUCCAUGCCCACAUGUAUCUUGCAUUCAUCUUUUAUGCCUUUCUUGUUAUUGUGCGUUAUGUGGAGCACUCUGAUCGGCAGCAAAAGCUACAGUUUCAUCGUAUCCUUUAUGCCACGAUUCCAAGUGCAGUCAUCUGGUUGGUCAUAUUCGGCUCUAUAUUCCCACCAACUAUGGUUAAAUAUGGAAACAUGCAGAAUGAUUCCACUCAGUGCUUUCAUUUCGGUCAGGCUCUCAAAAGCCCUGCUGUGAAGAUGUUAAACUAUGUUAUUUGCACAGUAGUGAUACUGAUUUGGACUGUGCUGGCAUUUUUCCAACUUUAUUUUCUGCUAAACGUGAUUAAGAAACAUGGAAGGGCCACACGUCAACAUCAAGAGUUCUGGGCACAAAUGAAAAAUUUUGUUUUCCUGUCUGUUAUGUUUUUUUGUUUUGUGCCCUAUCAAGGAUUCAGAGUAUAUUAUGUGACUGAUUAUGGGAAGACUGAAAAAAAUACUCAUAUAAAUGAAGUAUUUCUUGCUAUCACUGCUUUCAGCUGCUUUGAUAUGAUUGUUUUUGCUGCUAGAGAUAUAUGCAAACAUAAAAAUUCAAGGAGAUGGUUUUGCUGUUUAUAACAACUAUGUUGACUUAAUUUUGUUUCUGUAUUGUUAUUGAUAUAGGGAAUUGAUUUGCAUUUUCUUUUAUUUGUUUUUGUCUUAUGCUUUUGUGCCUUAUAAGCUUAAAACAAUUGUCUUGCAUGACAGAAUGUUUGGAAAAUAAACUCAUAUAUAUAUAUAUAUAUAUAUAUAUAUAAAACUCA